AUGGAGAUACAAUAAUGCUUAUCUUUGAGCUCAUUCCUCUUUUUACCAAAUUUAGAUAUGAGUAUAUAAGCAAUUCUAACACCUUAACCAUUAAAAAGCUCUUAAUAAUAAUAGCUGGAAAACAAGCAAAAUGAGAAAGAAAAUAAAACAAUUAAUAUUAAGGUCAAACUUACAGAUUUAUUACCAAAUGAUCAAAAUAUUACUUUAUAAGAAAUUUAGCAUGAUAUUUAGUAGAUUAAAAAUAAAUAUAUCUAAUUGAUUGGAAAUUGA